AUGGCCUCAGAGAUCCACAUGCCAGGCCCAGUGUGCCUCAUUGAGAACACUAAUGGGAAACUGACAGCUAAUCAGGAAGCUCUGAAGAUCCUGUCUGCAGUUACACAGCCCGUUGUGGUGGUGGCUAUUGUGGGCCUCUACCGCACAGGUAAAUCCUACCUGAUGAACAAGCUGGCUGGGAAGAAAAAAGGCUUCCCCCUGGGCUCCACAGUGCAGUCUCACACCAAGGGAAUUUGGAUGUGGUGUGUGCCUCAUCCCAGUAUGCCAAACCACACCCUAGUUCUGCUUGACACUGAGGGCCUGGGAGAUGUAGAGAAGGGAGACAACCAGAAUGACUCCUGGAUCUUCGCUUUGGCGAUACUACUGAGCAGCACCUUUGUAUACAAUAGCAUCGGAAUGAUCAACCAGCAGGCUAUGGACCAACUGCACUAUGUGACUGAGCUGACAGAUCGAAUCAGAGCAAAAUCCUUACCUGGAAAUACUGAGGUGGAUGACUCAGCUGACUUUGUGAGCUUCUUUCCAGCCUUCGUGUGGACUCUGAGAGAUUUCUCCCUGGAGCUGGAAGCAAAUGGACAACCCAUCACUGCUGACGAGUACUUGGAGCUUUCACUGAAGCUGAAAAAAGGUACUGAUCAAAAAACUGAAAGCUUUAAUGAGUCUCGAUUAUGCAUCCAAAAGUUCUUCCCCAAGAAGAAAUGCUUCAUCUUUGACCGGCCUGCUCAGAGGAAGUACCUUGUUCACCUUGAGCAGCUCCAGGAGGGAGAGCUGAACCCUGAGUUUGUAAAACAAGCUACAGAGUUCUGCUCCUACAUCUUCAGCCAUUCCAAGCCCAAGACUUUUUCAGGCAACAUCAUAGUUAAUGGACCUCAUCUGGAGAGCUUGGUGCUGGCCUAUGUCAAUGCCAUCAGCAGCGGGGAUCUGCCCUGCAUGGAGAGCGCAGUCCUGGCCUUGGCCUGGAUCGAGAACUCGGCUGCAGUACAAAAGGCCAUUGACCACUAUGACCAGCAGAUGGGCCAGAAGGUGCAGCUGCCCACGGAAACCCUCCAGGAGCUGCUGGGCCUGCACAGGGCCACUGAGAGAGAGGCCAUCGAGGUCUUCAUGAAGAGCUCUUUCAAGGAUGUGGGCCAAAAGUUCCAGAAGGAUUUGGAGACCCAGCUAGAAGCAAAACAGGAAGACUUUUGUAAGCAGAAUCUGCAAGCAUCAUCGGAUCAUUGCUCAGCUUUACUUCAGGGUAUUUUUGGUCCUCUAGAAGAAGAAGUGAAUCAAGGGAUUUAUUCUAAACCCGGGGGGUAUCGUCUCUACAUUCAGAAGAUGGAAAGGCUGAAGAAAAAUUACUAUCAGGAGCCCAGGAAGGGAAUACAGGCUGAGGAAACUCUGCAGAAAUAUUUAACGUCCAAGGAGUCUGUGAGUGAUGCAAUUCUACAGACAGACCUGAUUCUCACAGCAAAGGAAAAGGAGUUGGAAGAGGCACGCAUGAAAGCAGAGGCUGCACAGGCUGAAGCACAAAAGUUGGAGGAGAUUCGAAGGCAGAAUCAGCUAAUGAUGGAGCAGAGGGAGAGACUCCAUCAGGAGCAAGUGAGACAGAUGGAGAGGGACAGAGCAAACUGGCUGGCAGAGCAACAGAGGGCCCAGGAGCGUAAAAUCCAGGAAGAAGCCAAAAAGCUCAAAGAAAGGUUACAAGCUGAAAACAGAAGGCUUCAAAAUGAGUUACAGAAUCUUCACAGGACUGCUGGCUCACCAGAUGAUACAUGUAUCUUACUGUAA